AUGGCGAAGGACGCGGGGGCGGGCGAGGUGAAGAAGAGGAGGAACGGCCGCAAGAAGAAGGAUCCGAACGCGCCGCGCCGCGCGCUCUCAGCGUUUAUGUUCUUUGCGAAGGAGAAGAGGACGGAGAUCGUGGCGGCGCGCCCCGAGUUGAAGUCGCAGAUGACGAAAGUUGGCAAGAUGGUCGGCGAAGCCUGGGGGAAGUUGACCCCCGAAGAGCGAAAACCGUUCGAGGAGAAGGCCGCCCAGGACAAGGCCCGGUACCUGACGGAAAAGCAAGAAUUCGAACAGAAACACUGA